UCUCGGAGUUAGUUCCCUUUGCCCUUAUUAGACAUGGCGCUGGCCAGCGUAUUGGAGAGGCCGCUACCGGUGAACCGGCGCGGGUUUUUCGGACUUGGGGGUCGGGCGGAUCUACUGGACCUGAGUCCAGGGAGUUCCAGCGAUGGGCUGAGCCUGGCCGCGCCCGGCUGGGGUGCCCCAGAGGAACCGCGAAUCGAAAUGCUUCAUGGAACCACCACUCUGGCCUUCAAGUUUCGCCAUGGAGUCAUUGUUGCUGCUGACUCCCGGGCCACUGCCGGGGCUUACAUCGCCUCCCAGACGGUGAAGAAGGUGAUAGAGAUCAACCCGUACCUUCUGGGCACCAUGGCCGGGGGUGCAGCAGAUUGCAGCUUCUGGGAGCGGCUGUUGGCUCGGCAGUGUCGAAUCUACGAGCUACGAAAUAAGGAACGCAUCUCAGUAGCAGCAGCCUCCAAGCUGCUAGCCAACAUGGUCUAUCAGUACAAAGGCAUGGGGCUGUCCAUGGGCACCAUGAUUUGUGGCUGGGAUAAGAGAGGCCCUGGCCUCUACUAUGUGGACAGUGAAGGGAACCGGAUCUCUGGGGCUGCGUUCUCUGUGGGUUCUGGCUCUGUGUAUGCUUAUGGAGUCAUGGACCGAGGUUACUCCUAUGACCUGCAAGUGGAGGAGGCCUACGACCUGGCCCGUCGAGCCAUCUACCAAGCCACCUACAGAGACGCCUACUCAGGAGGGUCAGUCAACCUCUACCACGUGCGGGAGGAUGGCUGGAUCCGGGUCUCCAGUGACAAUGUAGCUGAUCUCCAUGACAAGUACAGUGGGUCUGUCCCCUGAAGAAGGCUGGAUGUAGCUGCUGUGUUUCUUGGGGUGACCAUUAUUGGUAAUAAUACAGCACCCCUGGAAGUAACCUCAGAUGUAUCAUUACCUUCUUUAACACUCUGGGACACUGGCCUCUACAUGGUACCAACUGCUAGUGACCUGCUGCAGAGGUGCCCAUUUGUACUUUCUUGGAUGUCAACAUUACACUAGUUACUGUCCGA